AUGGCUAAUAUUAUAAAAUACAGUAUAAAUAUCUAUCUAUCUAUCUAUCUAUCUAUCUCACUCUGUUCAUAUCUAUCUAUCUAUCUAUUUAUCUAUCUAUCCUGUCUAUCUCUCACUACGCCCCACUUGCCUACAUUUCUUGGUCUGCUCACGAUGUCGUUGCCAGUGGACAAGUUCGUGUUCUGCACGCUGAAAUCUAUAUUAUUUUUCUUUCCGUGUCUAUCCAACGAAUUAAUAUCUUCCGUUUUAAUAUAUUUUCUCUCUCAACAUCGUCGAUUUUCAUCACAAAGUAAAAGCAGUAUACGUAAUUUUGAAAUGAUAUUCCUGACUCUCUCUCUCUCUCCCUCUCUCUCUCUCCCUAUCUCUCUUUUAGACGAUGCGUUUGGCUGUGUUGAUGUCGCUUCACGGUCAACAGUCGCGACAAAUAAAUUUCCAUCGCUCACUCCUUUCUCUCACGUGUUCAUUUUUUUUCUUUCCUUCCUUUCGUUUCCUUCUUUACUUUCUUGA